AGGCGAGGGAGGUCUGAAGCGAGGAGCGGACUGCGCGGGGCCCGGCGGGAUGGCGGGAAUUCCCGGCGAGCUCAGCCUCAUGGAUAGGGGCCUUAAGAGCCUGCUGGAUGUGCCCCUGAGCUCAGACCUGCACACGCUCAACGCCCACUGCAACCGCAUCGCCAGGAUCGAAGGGCUCGGCCACCUCCGCAACCUGCUGCAUUUGGACCUGUCCUCGAACCAGAUCCGCCGGAUCGAGGGGCUCGGCUCCCUGGCGAACCUGCGCACCCUCAGCUUAUCCUGUAACCUGAUAACCAAAGUGGAGGGACUGGAAAAACUCUUUAAUUUAACUGUGCUGAACUUGUCAUAUAAUCGCAUACACGAUCUCUCUGGAUUUCGAUCCCUUCACGGAACCAGAUAUAAGAUUAGCCAUAUUGAGCUUCACAGCAACUGUGUAAGCAAUGUUAUUCACUUACUUCAGUGCACAAAGGGGCUGCACUCUUUGACAAACCUCACGCUGGAAAAAAACGGAAAAGCCAAUCCAGUUUGUCACAUAGCAGGUUACAGAGAAACUGUUCUUCAGGCAUUGCCACAGCUAACAGCUCUAGAUGGAAGAGGAAUUUCUGGUGAACCAGUGGACCUGGAAGAAAAAAACUGUUCAGAUUUGCAGUGCUUAGAAGAUGUUUUGAACUCUUUGGUUUCAUCUGGGUGCCCCUCAUCCAGAGAUCAGAACAAUGUUACCUUACCACUGGCAACACCUCAUAUCGACCAGGCACUGGCUCAUUUUCAUCAGCGUACAAGAAUACCAGUCCAAGGUGCCACCAGCUCCUCCACAGAGCUCGUCUCAUCUUCAGAACCAGAGAAGGCUGAACUUGAUAAAAUAUACAGUGAGAUGAGGAUUAAAAGAAUAGAAGAUCUGAUUUCACAGAUACUGCAAAAGGUAUCUGAUAGCUCAAGACAGGAAGCUCCUCCAAGUUGUCUCAAAGCUAAGAGAGACACAGAUCCAACUUCUGAGAGCGAAAAUGAGAGUGGGAAAGAGAACAACAGAAAGGUCUUGAAAAGAAGCAAGAUCCCUCCUCAGCGGGGAACUACCUUAUCUCCUAAGCGUCGUGAAAGUCAUCUUAAGAACAAAAUAACCAACAGGGAAGAGAAGAAGAGUUCCCCAAAGUGUCCACACAGCAGUCAGAGAGACUCUCAUCUUAAUUCAUCAUCAGACAAUCAAGACUUGAAAGUUGUGGGAAGAAAAGCUGAAAUACUAACUGGUAGACAGAGCAAUACAGAAAAAGUAGAAGAAAGUCAUUCAAAUCCCACAGAGGAAUCAACAUACCAAGUGCUGAUUCAAGAACUGGAUCAGGAGAAAGAAAGGAGAUGGAAAGCUGAGCAAGCAGAAAAGAAAUUAUUAGACCAUGUCAAAGAGCUACAGAAGCAUUCAAAAGAAGAAAAGAAUAUUCAGAGUAUGGCUGUAUACACUGCAGACAGGCUAAAGGAAUUGAUAUUGAAAGAGAGAGAUGACAAAGCAAGACUGCAAGCAGAUGUCCAGCAGUUGAAAGGUGAAACCGAAAGACUUACUAAUGAGUUAAAUCAGGCAAGAAAUAAAGAAGCAGAACAUCAGAAGGCCAUGCAAGCUUUAGAAGAAACACUAUCCAAGAUGGAGACACAGAGAUUGCAGCAACGAGCAAUAGAGAUGAAGCAAGUGCAAGAAGCAGAGCUUAAAGCAUCAGCAAAUGAAAGAGAAGUACAGUUACUUCGAAUAUCCUUCCGACAACAGAAGGAGAAGGUAAAACAACUACAUGAACUGCUUGUAUUAAGAGAGCAAGAGCAAAGGAAAGAACUUGAAACCCGAGUGGCUUUAAAUGGACCUGAAUUUCAAGAUGCUUUGUCAAAAGAAGUGGCAAAAGAGAAGCAGAGGCAUGAACAGCGUGUUAAAGAAUUGCAGGAGAAAAUUAACACGUCCUACCAGAAGUACAGAGAGUUAGAAGAUGAAUUUCGUUUAGCUUUAACUGUUGAAGCAAAAAGGUUUAAAGAGGUAAAAGAGGGUUUUGAAAAUGUUUCUGCUGAUCUAGUUAAACACAAACGAACCCUGCUUGAGUCUGAAGAAAGGGAAAAAGAUAUGGCAAGUCUGAUUCAAGACCUGACAAGUAUGGUAGAAGAACAGAAAGCCAAGAUUGCAGAAUUAACAAAAUCAAAUGAAGAAGCUACAGCAAACCUAAAGUGUCGAACUCGAGAACUUGAAACUGUGACUGAGGAGGGCAAACAGAAGGCCGUUCAAGUUGAACUUCUAAAAAAGGAAAAUGGAAAACUUACUUCUCAGCUGACAGCCCAGGAAUCUGUGAUUGAUGGGUUAAAAAUGGAAAGAAAAAUAUGGGGGCAGGAGCUGGCACAACAGGGAGCUCAUCUUGCUCAAGAUCGGGGAAAACUGGAAGCUAAAAUUGAAGUUCUAACAAAUGAGAUUGAGAUGUUAAAAAAACAAAAGGAACAGGACAGUGAUACCAUAAGAAUUAAAAACAAAAUACUGGAUGAUCAGACAGAAACAAUUAGGAGAUUAAAAGAAGGCUUACAAGAAAAAAAUAAGCAAAUCAGAAAACACCAUGAAGAAAAUCGUGAAGCUCAGAAAUUGUUUCAAGUAAAGUUGGAUGAAAAAACUGCUGAAUGUGAAAAACUGAUGGAAAGAUUGGAAAGACAAAAUGAAAGAAAAGAGGAAUUAAAGCAACUGCUAGAAGAAAAAGAACUAGAACUUGAUGACAUUAGGAAUGCACACAGCGCACUGAAAAAGAGGUGGCAAGGUAAAGGAGAGCUAUUAAGCCAGCUGGAGGUGCAGGUUAAACAAAUGAAGGAAAACUUUGAUAUCAAAGAGAAGAAACUGAUUGAAGAGAGAAAUAAGAGUCUUCAAACUCAAAGGAUUGCUGUGGAAAAGCUUCAUGAAAUGGAUAAUGCUUUUAGAAAAAAACUUGAGUCAAUGCUGGUAGCACAUCAGGAAGAACUGUUGCAGCUGGCAAAUGAAAAGGAAAAACAAAUUGAAGCAGCAAACGAAAAGGUUUACUCUGUUGAAGAAGAAAUGCGGGAGCUUCUGCAGGAAAUGGCAAACAAUAAAAAAGCCAUGGAAAAUAAAAUACGACUACUUGCACAUGCACUGAAUGAUAUUCAACAAGAUCUUUGAAGAUUAUUAAUAUUUACUCUAAAAAUAUGCAUUACACAAGCUUAAGCAAUUUCAUACACUACAAUGCACUUUUACUUGUUUUACUAAAGAAUUAAGUCUUUGUUGUAUAUUUUGAUGGUUCAGGGAUCAGACACAAAUGUCUUCAUAUUAUAUCCAUAAUAAAUAGUUAUUUCUGACCUAUGGUUAUCUUUAACUGCUGACAAAGUGGAUCAAAGCAGGUAUAGAUGAAAAGCAUCAUAUUAAAUUAGGAAUUUGCAUGUUUAAUAAGAGAAAAGAAAGUUAUAAAGUUGUAAAGUUCUAAGCCAAGAGCUUGAAGUUUUGCUUCACUGGGGUAAAGAAUCUUGUAAUGAGAGAUCCGAGAAUGUUGAAUCAUAGAAUGGCUGGGGUUGGAAAGGACCAUCAAGAUCAUCUUGUUCCAACCCCCCUGCCAUGAACAGGGAAUCUUCCGCUAAAUCAGGUUGCGUAGAGCUUCAUCCAGCCUGGCCUGGAACACUUCCAGGGAUGGGACAUCUACAGUUUCUCCACAGGGGCAACCUGUUCUAAUGCCUCACCACCCUCACAGUAAGGAAUUUUUUCUAACACCUAAUCUAAAACUACACUCAAUUUAAAACCAUUCCCCCAUUUCUUGUCACUACAUGAGAAAUAGACUCCAUCUUUCUUGUAUCUGUAAACAUGUUUAAUCUGCCACUGCUAAAGAAUGCAAAACUAAUGCAACUUAGAGUGCCUCUUUUGGCAGCAUAGUUUGGUUUUCUCCAUAUCAAUAGGCUUCCCACCAGGCUUUUGGAAAAUAGGAGAUAAUGACCUAACAUCAUCUUAUGGAAGCAAAUCGUAAGCCUUACGUUAAUAUAUUGUUAUACUUCCUUCAUGAUGGAGGCUUUACCAUGACCACUGCAGUUAGGCAUUUCUUAAUUUGCUUGUUCUGCUCAGAAGAUCCUAAACUAUUACUGAACUACACUGUACUCAAAAGUAUUUCAUGCUGCACAUAAAACAGCGAGUAGUAAAAUCGGAUACCUUUUGGCACACCAGGUGGAGCUGUUUCUGCCCACCUUGCACCUCACAGUAGCUGAAGCAGAGUCCUGUUGCUCCAACGAUAGAAGCUACUAAGCCGACUUAAGCAGCUCGUUCAGAACCCCAGCAUUAAAGCACUGACACGGUGUAUCUGUAUGUGCGUUUUUGUGCCCAGCAGCCCUGUAAAAGUACUUAGUGCUAGUAAAAGACCCUGGCCUUUGGCUGUGAGGCCCACUCGACUUGUUAUCAGUGUGUUAACGAAAGCUUGUUGCAUGAACCAGAGCUUGAUAUCAGCAGCCUCUUGUUAUGAGGUGCAGCUUAAGUGUGGGAUGUAACAAAGGCCUUGAAAAUACGAGCCUAGGUUGAAAGCAGAGGCCACAGCAGCAAAAACAACUUGCUGAUGGUCAGUGACUGGUCUUUGACAAAGCACAACCUUGAGAACUGGGAACAGACUACUUUUGUUUAAGAAUGGAAGCAGCACCAAAGCAAAAUAAAAGGCAGUCCAACAACUGAAUGAGGUGCCUGCAACGGCCUGGGAAAACAACUCCCACUCCACAAGGGUGGAGGUGGGGGCUGGGAAUUGUUUAGAGAUCAUAAAAGGAUAAAAUGCCAAAUUUGUGGGAGGGGGCAGAAAGCAGACACUUGCUUCAGCUCUGGUUCCUUGGAUCUGGAGUUCCCACACCUGACCCAUGAGAACACCAUGAACAAGCCAUCAGCACUGAAGGGGAGGCAUCUGCACUUUGGUACUCCCAGUUCAGGUGCGAUAGAGCUGUUAAGGACUGUUUGCUUGCAAUCUGUGCUAUUGGUUGAUAAUGGUUGAUAUGUAAAAAUUAAUACGUAGUGGCAAUGGUUAGCAAGGUGUAAGAACCAACUCUAAUUAACCAAUUGUGUUAAUGUUAGUCUAGUAAAUUUUGCUGUGAAGUUUAAAAUUAGCCUAAUUUAUUCUUCUAGCAGAAUUCUUGAUCUGCUAGGUAAUCUCUUGAUUCCCUGACAGCAAUAUAUCACUUCUCUAAAGGCAGAAGAAAAUUAUUUCUUAUUCAUUGCUCUACACACUUUUUCAGAAUCCUCAGUAUGUGAGGAAAUACUCACUUGGAAAACUGUUCUAUAGUAUUUUCAUGGGUAUCACUGGUGCAGAAAAGUUGCACCACUUCAGAGUGCUUUCCUGUCAUGUUUACUGAGUGUUCCUUGAGACCUUUUUUCUUUGCUUAUUAUUUGACCAAGCUACACUUUGGGUGAAGUAAUUGAGUAACUGGAAUGCACCAUGAAGCUGAAAGAACUUACUCUUACCCUGAUUCAGUGUACUAGUAUCUCUUCUGAGUUUCUACUCCAAAAUUUUUGUUCUGAAACUUAUUUUCUGAUUUCAUCAGAGGGAGUUGUUACAAUUUUUAGCAUAAAUUCUUUCUAUUCCUUGCUCUUGGCUCAGAAAUCUCAUAGUGCAGUACUUGGGUAGGUGCCCGUGUUAGUACUGCUUGGAAUGUUUGUUUUUCUUGGGGCUAACUCUGGCAUCAUUUCCCUCUUUAUGCUUACAUGGCUCCCUUAGAGCUUUAUAAUAAGCGUUUAAAUGAUUUCUACCUUCGAAAGGUUAAAAUAAUAAAAAUGUGGUGCAGGUGAAAGCU